GGGAUGGCGGCGCGGGCCGGGGAGGCGGCCCCGCCGGCCCCGCGCGACCUCUACCGGGACACGUGGGUGCGCUACCUCGGUUAUGCUAACGAGGUUGGGGAGUCCUUCAGGGCCAUUGUGCCCGUCUCGGUGGUCUGGGCCAGCUACGGACUGGCAACCGCUUACGUGACGGCAGAUGCGGUGGAUAAAGGCAAGAAGGCGGCUGCAGCGAAGCCCGAGGUGGAAGGGCGGACCUCGCGGGCAGCGGUGGCCGUCGUGGACACCUUCGUAUGGCAGGCCCUGGCCUCCGUGGCCAUCCCCGGUUUCACCAUCAACCGCAUCUGCGCCACCUCCCUCUACCUCAUGGGCCGUAUGACCCGGUGGCCCCUCUCGGUCAGGAAGUGGGCGACGACAGCCGUCGGUCUCUCGGCGAUUCCCUUCAUCAUCAAGCCCAUCGACAGGUCGGUGGAUUUCCUGAUGGACUCCAGCCUCCGCAAGCUCUACAAGACGGAAGAGGCCCCCCGCUCUUCCUCCUGAAGCAGUCCUGGACUCAGCCGAACGCAGCGGUCUCUACCUCUCUCCCCGGGCUGCGUGUCGCCAGAAGGACUCGCCUCACCCUUCCGGGGAGGGUGUGGGGAUGAGGCAGGGGUUGGUCCUCCCGGGCAGCAAAGCCCCACACUCAGAUCUUAAGCAGAGGUUCUGGGAGCUCGGGGGUGGCCCUUCCAUGGGCUCCGUGGGACUGCGUGUCCUGGCGGGAAAUCCCUCCAGGUUUUACUCAGGUACUAGCCUCCAGGCAGCAGGUCUGUGAUUUAUGUAGGCACCACAAUGGCUCCUAAUUUCAUUUCCUAUGCACUGUGACGCCCCAGUGCCUGGGCGGUCGAUUGCACUCGUGCGGCUUCAGUGGGGUCCGCCUGGCUGGCUCCCGUCUUGUGGUUCAGCUGGAAACUGCCCUGGGUCUCACCUGGAGCUGGUUCCUUAAAGCUGCUUCUCUUCUUCCUGGCUUUAUGAGAAUGAUAGUGAUUAAAAAGACCUGGCCUUCA